GAUCGAUCGAAAAAGUAAAUAAAUGGAAAUAAAUCGAUAUCGAUCGAUUUCUAGAUGAAAAUAUUAAAAGCAAGUACUGGACAACCAAUAGAACAACUUUAAAAAGUUGAUCCGGAAAGAAAUACUCCCUCUCAAAAAAUAAGCCGGAGGAUGGCGCCCAACAGGAAGAGCUAAGAUGAUGACCGAGAUCGCAGCGACUGUCGAGUCCAACCGGACGGCGGUCGCCGCUCCGGAAGACGACUGGACCGAUCUCUUUUUGUUCCUCUUCAAGGCGUUCACCAUGUUCUCCAUCAUCAUAGCAUCCAUCUUGGGCAAUCUCCUAGUUAUCGUCAGUGUCAUGCGUCAUCGGAAACUUAGGGUCAUCACCAACUAUUUCGUCGUGUCCCUUGCCUUCGCAGACAUGUUAGUGGCUGUGACAGUGAUGACGUUCAAUGCUUCCAUACAACUGACUGGAGGCAAGUGGCUCUUCGGCUAUAUAAUGUGCGACGCCUGGAAUUCUCUGGAUGUAUACUUCUCGACGGCGUCCAUCCUCCAUCUCUGUUGCAUCAGCGUCGACAGGUACUACGCUAUCGUUAAGCCCCUCAAGUAUCCAAUCAACAUGACGAAGAAAGUUGUCGCUAUCAUGCUCCUCAGUAUCUGGGUCGCUCCUAGCUUCAUUUUCAUCCCGGUCUUGUGCGGAUGGUACGCUGCCCCAGGUCUUGAGGAAUAUCGGGUUACACAUCCUGAUGAGUGCACGUUCAAGGCUAACAACAUUUACGCUAUUGUUUCAUCACUCGUCUCUUUUUGGAUACCUUGCACCAUCAUGGUGUUUACCUACCUGGCCAUCUUCAAGGAGGCGACGCGACAAGAGAAACAGCUCCAUGCCAGGAUUGGAAACCAGAUGCUUCUUAGCAAUCGGGACUGCAACGGAGAUACCCUUGGAAGCAGCGGGUCAAACAAGGCACUGACGCUGAAUGAAGUUGGGGUUCACAACACCCCGACCAAGGACCGGAACAUCAUCAAGAUGAAGAGGGAGCACAAGGCCGCCAGGACGCUCGGCAUCAUCAUGGGAACAUUCAUCCUCUGCUGGCUACCCUUCUUCCUGUGGUACGUGAUAACUUCGCUUUGUCAGGCUUGUUAUGUACCCGAAGUGGCCGUCACCCUCCUCUUCUGGAUCGGCUAUUUCAAUUCCACCCUCAACCCUCUCAUCUACGCCUACUUCAACCGCGACUUCAGGGAAGCCUUUAAGAACACACUUCAGUGCGCCUUCUGCUCCCUCUGCAGGCGACCACCGUCUGACCUCGAGGCCCUAGAGGUCAGGAGGCCAUCCCUCCGCUACGACGACCGGACACGGAGCAUCUACUCCGAGACCUACCUCAAGCACAUCGAUCGGCGGAGGAGUAGCGAAGUCGGGAGCAGCCUCUGAUCCGAGGACCAGGUCUAACUCCCGCAAUGGAAGAGUUAGGCCGCGUGGAGUCUAGGACUGAUGGCGGAAUGUCUGGGCGAUAUCCUUGGUAAUUUACGAUGUGUGCAAUAAUGCCAAAGAGUGUGUGGAAGUGUUACCGGAUAUGUAAUAAAUGUUGUUUAAUAUUUUA